UCCAGUUCCUCAGAAAAAUCUUACAGAAAAAGUAUCACAAUAACUAAAAAUGAUGAAAAAAAAUUAAAAAUUAGAACUUUAAAUGACUUGAAUGAUCCAAUUUUAUCUGCUGUCCAUGAAGAUCAACCUUUCGAACAAGCUAUUGAUAAUUUCAAAAACAUUGAUACGUUAAAACUCUCUCUAGAUAGACUAGCCGCUGAGGGAAAUUUAAAGGAUGUCUUUGGCAACAUUAUCACCAAACCUGAUAUAUCAAACCCCACAAGAUCAAGAAACGAAAGACCUUUGGAUACAAUAAAAGGCUUUGAAUACUCCAUUUAUGGUGAUCCUUAUAUCAAAGAAAACUUGGAGACUCCACUCUAUGGCUGGAACGUGAGGCCAACUUUC